CGGAAGAUUUAAUUAGUAUCCCGAACCCCAGAGUGCCACUCUUUCCCCCCCCACGGCCAGGACGAGAUCAACCCGAGAGACCGCUCGACCUAUUUUUCAUCAUGGCUGAAGCUGAUUCCUUCCUUCACCUCGCUCGCCCUCUGGGCCCCGUGGCAGUGGGGACUGCACCGACAACCGCCCCUCUGAACGUUGUCAUCCAGCCCCAGGCACUCUUCUCGAUCCUGGACCACUCCCUCCGUCGCAACGCUGACCAGGAGCGUGUCAUCGGUACUCUGCUGGGAACCAGAUCCGAGGAUGGAACCGAGGUGGAAAUCCGCAGCACCUUCGCUGUUGGACACACGGAGACGACAGACCAGGUUGAGGUGGACAUGGAAUACCAGAAGCAGAUGCUUGCGUUGCACCUGAAGGCCAACCCCAAGGAAGUGCUCGUGGGUUGGUACGCCACCUCGUCCGAGCUGAACACCUUUUCCGCUUUGAUCCAGAACUUCUAUAGCGGCCAGGGUGAUGGCACAUGGCCUCACCCUGCCGUCCACUUGACCGUCUCCACCGAGGCUGGAAAGGAUAUCGAGACCCGCGCCUACAUCUCCGCCCCCGUUGGUGUGACCGCGGAGAGAGCCGCCGACAGCGCCGCCUUCAUCCCCGUCCCUUACGAGAUCCGCUACGGUGAGGCCGAGAAGAGUGGUCUGGAGGCUAUUGCUGCGGCCCGUGAUGCUGAGGAGCGUCGUGCCAACAUCUUCACUGAUAUCGAGGCUCUGGAGCGUGCGAUUGAGGAUGUUCUGGGCAUGAUCGACCGGGUUUCCCGCUACGUUGAGUCUGUCAUUGACGAGGAGGCUCCUGCUUCGACGGCCCUGGGCCAGUACCUGCUCAACACCUUGGCUCUGGCACCUAAGGUUGAGCCCGCUGACAUUGAGCGUGACUUCAACAACCACAUCCAGGACGUCCUGGUCGUGUCCUACCUGGCCAACACCAUCCGUACACAGAUGGAGCUGUCCAACCGGCUAGCAACCGCCCAGCUGACUCUUGGAGGCGAGUCCGGCAGCGGCGAGUCGGGCGACAAGCGCGGCGGCCAACGGGGCGGCAAAGGAGGCCGGGGCGGGCAACAGCGGACUCAAGAACGGAGUGGAGAGGAGGCUCGCGCGUAAGAGGAUAUCAUAGGGUUAUUAUAACGAUACCUUUCCAUUUCUCUUUUUAACAUUUAUUUCAUUUGUGCAAAAUUCUUUUUCUCUUUUUCUUUCCAGUUUUAUUUCUCUCGCCACGCAACAAAAAGCAUGUCCCCCUUGAUAUCGUUUCAUUUC